AACGUGCCCGUACCGACAGCGAACCAACCACGUGUUCAGUGAGUGGUUUGAGUCUAUUGGCAGUGAGCUUUGUGUUUUUUUUUUCUGAGCAAAUUUAUGGACUACAAACAGGCCAAUAACAACGAGAGGAAGCUGGCGCGGCGGUCCUUGUCGCUGGGGAACCAGUGAUCCUUGUUUGCCGCCUCACCCGGACACACUACUUGUACACCCCACUGCAUGCACUGCUGCUGCAAGCCUGCAAUCGAACUCUGGCAGACUGUUAGUGUGGUAGGCUGGUAGCAGUCCCACUCCCACUGACUGUUUGCUUCCAUGGGAACGGAGGCCGCGCACGUCGUGCUGCUCGCGAGCCCCGGCGCAGGCCACGUCCUGCCCAUGGCCGAGCUCGCGCGGCGCGUCGUCGCGCACGGCAGCGGUGCCGAGUUCACCGCCACGCUCGUCUCCUACACCAACUUCUCCUCGGCGGUCCACUACUCCUCCGCGUUGGCCUCGCUCCCGCCGUCCGUCUCCACCGCCGUGCUCCCCGAGGUGCCGCUCGACGACCUCCCCGCCGACGCCCGCGUCGAGACCCGCAUCUUCACCGUCGUCGACCGCGCGCUCCCGCACCUCCGUGACCUCCUCCGCUCCCUGCUCGCCUCCCCGGCCGGCGUCGCGGCUUUCGUCCCGGACCUUUUCGGCGCGUGGUCGCUCGAGGUCUCCGGGAAGCUCGGCAUCCCGGGCUACGUCUUCUGCACGACGAACGUCAUGGCGCUGCACACAUUGAUCUACCUCCCCCACCUUGACAAGACCACCGCCUGCGAUUGCGAGUUCCGCGACCUGCCGGAGCCCAUCCGGCUUCCGGGCUGCGAGCCGCUGCGCGGCGCCGACCUCGUCGACCCUGUCCAGGACCGCACCAACCCCGCGUACCACUUCAUGGUCGAGGUGGGGAGGAGGUAUCUCCUCGCCGACGGCUUCAUCGUCAACACCUUCGACGCCAUGGAGCACGCUACCAUAUCGGCGUUCAACGCGUUGUCCGACAAAGGCGUGUACCCUCCGGCCUACGCGGUUGGUCCCUUCGUCCGUACGUGCUCAUCAGGCGGCGGUGAUGCAGGAGAGCACAGCUGCCUGCGGUGGCUGGACGAGCAGCCGGACAGGUCGGUCCUGUACGUGUGCUUCGGCAGCGGCGGCACGCUGUCCACCGAGCAGAUGGCCGAGCUUGCGGCCGGGCUGGAGGCCAGCGGGCAGAGGUUCCUGUGGGUGGUGCGGUUCCCCAGCGACAAGGACCGCAGCGCGAGCUUCUUUGGUGGUGGCCACGGCCACGGUCACGGCGACAGCCCGUUAGACUACCUGCCGGAAGGGUUCGUGGAGAGAACCAGAGGCAUUGGGCUCGCCGUGGCGGAAUGGACCCCGCAGGUGGAGAUCCUGAACCACCGGGCCGUCGGCGGGUUCGUGUCGCACUGCGGGUGGAACUCGACGCUGGAGGCCGUGGCCGCGGGCGUGCCGAUGCUGGCAUGGCCGCUGUACGCCGAGCAGAGGAUGAACGCGGUGAUGCUGUCGUCCGAGCGGGUGGGGCUCGCGCUGCGGCCGAGGGAAGAGGACGGGGUUGUGCCGAGGGAGGAGGUGGCGGCGGCGGUGACGGAGCUGAUUGCAGGUGAGAAGGGCGCCGCGGCACGGGAGAAGGCGCGCGAGCUCCGGGAGGCCGCGGCGAAGGCCUGGGCGCCGGACGGACCAUCGCGAGAGGCGUUCCAGGCCGUCGCCGGUAAGUGGAAGAAGGCUGCGUCCGCGCGAGCUUGCGCCAUUUGUGGGUCGUAGCUAGCUAGCUAGCUAGGCUUGCGCAUAUGACAGCAAGCAGAUUCAUUCAUGCCUGUGUGCCUUUGUUCUUCGCUGCUGCGUCUCCAUGUUUGUAUCAUCACCUUUGUAUGUGCGUGUCGUGUGUUCCGUGACAAGAAUAAGAGGUUGCUCCAUCAAUUUGCAUA